AUGACAUCCCGUGACGGUUACUCUUGGACUGAACAAACAGGCCUUCGCCCCGGCGUCCCCUCGAUUGGAGUCAUCACUCCCGUGACGAACGUCGUAUCCUCGAAUGUUUUGUACGAUGUUGUUGUCAUUGGUGCAGGCUACUGCGGUCUUACUGCAGCCAGAGAUGCUAGUCUUUCGGGCUUGAAUGUUCUUCUCUUGGAAGCUCGCGACCGCAUCGGCGGCCGCUCAUGGUCUUCGAACAUUGGCGGCUAUCCUUUCGAGAUGGGAGGUACCUGGGUGCACUGGGGCCAGCCUCAUGUCUGGCGUGAAAUCUCCCGGUACCAGAUGCAAAAUGAGCUGAAGAACUCGUUUGAUUUCUCGUAUGGCGUCAACCAUUUCCAGCUGAACACAACCGGAGGAUCUUCUACUAUGAGCCAUGAUGAAGAGGACUCUCUCCUUGCUUCAGCCUUGGAGAAGUUUGUUAACGUGGACGGCGCCUCGGGCAGGAACAUCAUGCCGCAGCCGGCCAACAUGUUCUAUGUUCCAGAAGCCAGAGACUUGGACAGUCUGUCCGCACAAGACCGUAUCGACGCCAUUGCAUCCUCGCUUUCUCCAAGUGAGCGUGCAGUGCUGGAGGGCUUCGUCCUUCUCUGCAGUGGCGGUACGCUGAAGGGCAUGAGUUUCCUCGAGUUCCUGCAUUGGUGGGCCAUCUGCGGCUACACUUACCAGGGCUGCCUUGACUACCUCAUCACCUACAAGUUUAGCGGCGGCCAGUCGAGCUUCGCCAUCAACUUCUUCAGGGAAGCACUCUACACUAAGAGGCUUUCGUAUGCUUUCAACUCGCCCAUUCAAUCUGUCAACGACAUGGGCAACAAGGUCGAGGUGACGACCCGGGAUGGCCGCACAUACCAAGCAGCCCGCAUCAUCUGUACUGUUCCACUGAACGUCCUCAGCACUGUAUCUUUCAACCCUCCGCUGCCGGAUGGUAAGCUCGCAGCCAUCGGCGUCGGUCACGUCAACCAAUGCGUCAAAGUGCACGCCGAGGUUUCUGACAAGAACAUGCGUUCAUGGACGGGCGUCACAUAUCCAUCCAACAAGCUCAUCUACGCCAUCGGCGACGGCACAACGCCAGCAGGAAAUACGCACAUCGUUGCGUUCGGAUCGCACCAAUACCACAUGCAACCGGAGGAGAAACUGGACGAGACAUUUGCUGCAGUGAAGGCCCUAGCUCCGGGUAAGAUGGAUGUGCAGCGGCUAGUAUUCCACAAUUGGUCCAAGGAUGAGUUUGCGAAGGGCGCGUGGUUCUUCUCGCCGCCGAAUCUGUUGGCGGACCAUCUGGAAGACAUGCGUGCCCGUCAUGGUAACGUCUUCUUUGCGAGCUCAGACUGGGCUCUUCUGUGGCGGAGCUUCAUUGAUGGUGCUAUCGAGGAGGGCGCGAGAGCUGCGAUGGCCGUGAAGACGGAGUUGGCAGAAACAGGAAAGAUAAGCCCGCAGUUGUGA